AUGACAGUCACCGAUCACUCCCCGCCAAUUGUGAAUGAAGAGAAGUUGGACGUCGAUAAGAAAGAGCCCUUACAUCCGACCAAUAGUGUGGUUGAAGGCCAGUCGCAGCAACUGCAGGAGGACCGAAAUGGUCAAUUUCAUCGAUCGUUCUCCCCUCGCCAAGUUCAUAUCAUAUCCCUCGGAUCAAACAUUGGAAGCGGAGUAUUCAUCGCAACUGGCAAGGCCUUGGCUACCGGCGGCCCAGAGAUGACGAUCGCCUUUCCUGUAUCUGGAAAUUACAUUGACUAUGCUGAUCGCUGGGUUGACCCGGCGCUUGCUUUUGGUGCUGGUUUUGCUGAGUGGCUCGGAUGGACCGCCAUUGUAGCAGCUGAGACAGGAUUCUUCCAUGUGCUGAUCCAGCUAUGGGCACAGGAAUCCUUCCCUUUGGCCGGAUCGGUGUCGAUUUUCCUUGUCGCCUGCUUCGUCAUAUUUCUCCUCCCAAAUAAAGCAUUUGCGUGGUUCGAAUACUUCACGUCUCUGAUCAAGAUCUUCCUCUUCCUGAUCAUCAUUGUCCUGUCUCUGGCUUUGGUACUUGGAGCCGGACCGAACGGCCGCAUACAUCAUGGAGAGACGUGGACGCAACUGCCUCCAUUCUUGAAUGGGUUCACUGGCUUCGCAAAUUGCGGCCUACUUGCUACUUGGGCAGUUGGUGAUCAAGUCUUCAUCGGCAUUAUGGGCGGCGAGGCGGCGAGUCCACGCUUUUCGAUGGCCCAUGCGACGAAACUCGUACCCUUUCGAGUCAACUUCAUCUACAUGAUCAGUGUUGUUUUUAUCACAAUAUUGGUACCUUCCAACGAUGAGAGACUGCUUGGCGGAAGCGGCGUUGCAGCUUCACCUUUCAUUAUCGCCGUUGAGAAUUCCGGUAUUAGGGGAAUCUCGUCACUGCUGAAUGCUGGAAUGUUGUUUGGUGUGUUGGCGAUCGCCGCCGAAUCAGUCUAUAUCUCUUCCAGAGUUCUCAGAUCCAUGGCUCACCAGAAACUUAUCUCCGAGCGCCUCGCGAGGGUAGACUCAAAGGGACGACCAAGACUCGCGCUUCUCAUCACUUGCGCUGUAGCGAUCAUCCUGUCAUACAUCCAACUCGCAUCUGCUGGACUUGAAGUUUUGAACUGGUUGAUAUCUAUCACCAGCGCCUCAUUCUUCACGAACUGGAUCAUCAUCUCUUUCACCAACUGGCGCUUCCAUGGAGCUCUCAAGGCACAGAAUGAUCCGCUAUUCUCCCAGACCUAUGCCUGGCGGUCUGCCGCUUGGCCGCUGGCCCCAGCAUGGUUGAUGCUCGUCUCGUUGAUUCUUCUGGCUUCAUGCCUUAUUUGUGGCAUUGACGUGAUAGGUAGCGAUUCAUUCAGUGCAAAGAAUUUCUUCCAGUACAUGAUAGGUUUCCUUCUCAUUGUCAUAUUCACGGCCGGAUACAAGAUCAUUUACAGAACACCAUGGCGAGAUCUCAAGACCGCUGAUUGCAUCAGAGGCCGACGUAAUUUGAGCGUGGAGGAAAUCAACCAGUUGGACGACUACUACAAGAUGUCUAAAUGGAGAAGGUUCCUAACAUACGUACAACUGUGGUAG